AUGAAUCCAUCUCACCCAACAAAAGAAAAGCAACACUGCCCGAUUAGAAUUGGCAAUGCAUCCGGAGCCAUUGGCGAUGGCAUCGAUCAAGUAUACAAGCUGGCAAAGUCUGGCAAAGUCGAUGCAAUUACAGCCGACUACCUGGCCGAGUUCAACAUUGCAUGGAAAGCAAUCGAGCUUUCUCAGUAUCCUGACCUAGGCUACGAGUCCAACUUCCUCGAGCAGCUGGCAUGGGAGAAUGGUGAUGCUGCUCGCAUUGUAGCCGAAAAGCGGAUCAAGAUUGUCCAUGAUGGCGGGGCUCUCAAUCCAAAGGGCUUGGCCAUCAAGGUCGACGAAUAUUUCAAGAAUCUGGGGAUACUGGACGUCAAGGUCGCUGCUGUCACUGGUGAUGACGUGACAGAGAGGCUUCGAGACAAUCAGCUUGGCACUAUCAAGCAUCUUGAUAAAGCUGGAACGCUUCUUGAUGCAAGGAAAGAGGACAUACUUGCAGCAAAUGCAUACACUGGUCACUCUGGCAUAGUUCGUGCCCUAGAAGAGGGCGCCGAUAUUGUCAUUUGUGGGCGAUGCUGCGAUGCAAGCCCUGUGACGGGCCUUGCGUCUUGGUGGCAUGGCUGGGGCCACACCGAGUACGACAAGCUUGCCAGUAGUCUCAUGGCUGGGCACCUCAUUGAAUGUGGUGCAUACGUGACGGGCGGAAAUUUCUGCGGUGCUCAGGAAAUUGAACAGCUUCAUCAUGUUGGAUACCCAAUUGCGGAAAUCUCAGAAGACGGAGCUGUCAUCAUCACCAAACCGCCGAAUACGAACGGAGCGGUCACCGUCGACACGUGCAAGGCACAACUACUUUACGAGAUACAAGGCCCAAUUUAUCUAAAUCCCGAUGUGGUGGCCGACAUUGAACAAGCGCACCUUGAACAAGUUGGCAAGGACCGCGUAAGACUGUCUGGCAUCAAAGGCUCCGCACCGCCGCCUACGACAAAGCUUGCAGUGUGUCUGUUGGGUGGCUGGCAAGCAGAGAUAUCAGGCUAUUGUGCUGGCCUCGACACAGACUUCAAGUUCAAACUCAUAAAAGACCAAGUCCAACGCCAGAUCGAUCCUGAUGAUUUUACGACGUUUAGCAUAGAAAAGUACGGCGCACCUAGCUCGAAUCCAUUGUCUCAAGCAGAAUCGACAAUCCAGAUUCGCUUGUUUGCUCAGUCGCCCAAGAAGGAGGCCAUGAUGCAAUUCCGACGAGCCAUCUUUUACAAUGGCAUGCAAGGAUACUGCGGACUUCAUCUGUCCAUGGACUGGCGCACAAUGGAGCCCAAGCCAUACGUCAAGUAUUUUCCUGCCUUGAUUCCACAAUCAGAGAUUCCGCUACAAGUGGAGAUGAUGGGAACAGAGAAAAGGGCUAUUGAUGUAGAGGCUCGACAGCGCUUUGACUGUGCCCCUACAGCUCCGACUCAAAGGAAUUACGAGGUCAAAAGUCCAAUCGAUAUAAAUGCCAGCUGGCCUCAAGCUACACUAAGGCCUCUGGGCGAUCUCGUGUUUGCCAGAAGCGGUGAUAAGGGAGGAAACGCCAAUGUAGGGUUUUGGGUGAGGGAUGAGAGGGCCUGGCCCUGGUUGCAAUCUUUUCUCAGCAGUGACAGAUUGAUUGACCUGCUGGGAGACGAUUGGAACAACAAAUAUGACAUUGAGCGCUGCGAGUUUCCAUUCUUACAAGCCGUUCACUUUGUAGUCAAGGACAUAUUGCAGGACGGCGUUAGCAGCUCAUCGAUACUGGACGGCUUUGGCAAGAGUUUCGGGGAAUUCCUCAGGGCUCGACACGUUGCUCUCCCAAAUGAACUUGUUGAAAUGGAGGAUGAUCUGAGGAUACAAUCUCGAAAGCACCAUUUUGAACCUAGACUAUGA